AUAAUAUACUUGAUUAGAGCCAAUGAGUUGUUAGCUUUUUUUGGUUAAAUAUUAGUAUUUCCAUUGAACAGCUUAUCUUUUUAAUAAUUAUCGCCUGACGAAGAAUUGUUCUCGGACAGUUCGCCAGACAUCGACGUCUUCCUUAAAGGCUGGAUGCCUGUCAUUGCUGUCCUUCCCAGCGUGAAGCGGCACUAUGGAUGAGGAAACUCUGGAGGGCGCCAUCUCUACAUAUGAAGCCCAGCUGCAGCAAGUGGAUGCCACUCUGGCUGCUGGCCUGGACCCUUCCCAGCAAUGCGACCUACUCAAACUGAAACAGGACCUAUGCCAGCUGAUAGAACUCACCAAGGCCAGCCUGUUGUCCUUUCAAAAGAGUCUGCUUUUGGCCUCCCUGGAGAACACUGGCGGAGUGCAGGCCGAGGCGCCGAAGCCUGACACAAAAGGAGAUUUCGAUUCCGAGUUUGCUGCCUUCUAUAGUGAGCUUGGGGAGUUUUCGGGAACUAACUCUGAGACGAGGGAACCGGACCAGGAGACAGAUGCUGGUGUAGAAGAUAAGUGUGAAGACGAGGAGGGGGAGGAGGAAGAGGAAGAAACAUUGAGUGGUACCAAAGUUAGAGCGCCUUACAGGACGUCGUGGGGGACCCUAGAGUACCACAAUGCCAUGGUGGUCGGAGCAGAAGCACCAGACGGAGACGAGGCGCAAAUUAGAGUUUUGUACAUUUAUCCCACACAGAAGUCCAUGAAACCAUGUCCAUUCUAUUUGGAGGAUAAAUGUCGCUUCCAGGAUAAUUGCAGGUUUUCCCAUGGCGAAGUUGUGUACGUGUCAGAGCUCAGAGACUUUGUGGACUGUGACCUCAGUAACCUCGAGGAAGGCUCGUCCUGCUUGACCCGGCACGAGGAUGGCAUCUGGUACCCAGCCAGAAUCACAGGUAUUGACAAUGGCGUCUACACAGUCAAAUUUGACUCCCUGCUGCUAAAAGACGCAGUUGUUGAAGCCGACUGCAUCAUCCCACCACUAAGAGAGGAAGACACACCCUCCUCUGACUCAGACCCGGACAAUGCUGACGAUGAUGCAGCUUAUGCUAAAGUUUUGGAGCCCGCUGGCGAAUCGACUGCAAAUACUACUUCUUCAUUUGGAGGCUGGGAGGUCCACACCAGGGGCAUCGGAUCUAAGCUAAUGCUGAAGAUGGGCUAUGAAUAUGGCAAAGGUUUAGGUAAAACGCAGGAGGGCCGAGUCGAGCCAGUCAUGGCAGUGCUCGUACCCAAAGGCAAAUCACUGGACCAAUGUGCCGAGUUAACCUUGAGACGCGCUCACGGCAAGCCAAAUGAUGAUGUAAAAACCAGUCGGCCAAAGCGCCGACGAAAGCCAAGAGAAGCCAACGGGGAGCGCCGCACCGUUUUUGACUUUCUUAACAACAAACUCGGCGCCAAGCAGCGCAAUACCGCCGAAGAGGCGGCGGCGGGUUCGCCCGCACUCACCGGGGUAGAGGCCUACAAGGGGGGCAAGAGUGCCAAGAGAAGUCUGAAUGUGAGAUUGUUCCAGGCUGCUGAGAGGGUGUCGCAGACUGAGAGGGAGAUCCAGAACCUAACCCAAACGCUCAGCAGGCAGACGGGCAGGGACGCGUCCAGAGUGAAGCAGCUGGAACAGAAACUGUCGGCUGCUCGUCGGCUGCUGGCCCAGCAGAAGGCCCAGGAGCUGUCCAUCCAGAGAGAACAAAACAAGGCAGAUACACACAAGAAGAUGACCGAAUUCUAAGUUCUCGUCAACAUUGACGUUUUUUUAGUAGUUGGAUUGGAAACAAAUCAGUAAAAUAGCAAACAUCAAAGUGAUUACUGCAGUAGUAAUUUGAUUUAUGUUUAUAGGUCUGUACAGAAAAUAUAAGGAUUUACAUUUUUUUGUAAUGGCUUUUUAUUUUCCUCCACUAAAAUUACAAUUGGGAGAAUUUCUUGUGUUUUUCUUUCUCAGUCCAAUCGAUCCCUCCUCACGGAUGUUGUGAAUUAAAUUAAAAUUAGGAACUGUAGUG